GCCCCGGCGACGGCGGCGGGUGCGAGGCGGGAGUGGGCGCGGGAGAGUGAGCGGGUGAGCGAGAAAGAAGGAGAGCGAGAGAGGGAGAGCGAUAGCGAGAAAGACCGAGCGCGACGGAGAGAGACGGAGAGGGAGAGCGAGCGGCAUCUGCGUUAUGUCCGGGCCGCCGAGCCCGCGGCGCUGAGCCCGCCGGGACGGACAUGCGCAGGAGGGCGCCGCGGGGCCGCCGCGUCCCUGGGUUUCCCAAGUACUGGGAUCACAGCAUGAACCAGAAUGCCUGGCUUGAAAUUACUUUUAUAGCUUGGGAGAAAUGCACAAGAUUCACUUGUGCUUCCUGCCCAGCACAUCCAUGCCAGAGAAGGGAAUGAAAACUACUGGCUGACUUAAAAUCCCUGGGCUUCACAGAUUUGGAGACAUCCAGAAUAAGGCACAAUGUCAACAGCAGGAGUUGCUACUCAGGAGAUUAGAGUCCCAUUAAAAACUGGAUUUCUACAUAAUGGCCAGGCCUUGGGGAAUAUGAAGACCUGCUGGGGUAGUCGCAGGGAGUUUGAAAAUAACUUUUUAAAUAUUGAUCCAAUAACCAUGGCCUACAGUCUGAACUCCCCUGCUCAGGAGCACCUCACAGCUGUCGGAUGUGCCUCACAGCCUGCUGCAAUGAAUGGCCACUUCUUUGCGGAAUAUGGUCCAUCUCCGAAGUCAAGCUUGCCACCUCUUAUUAUUCCCCCAGGUGAAAGCUCGGGACAGUGUGAAGAGGACCAAGUUGUGUGUGGUUUGAAGAGACUCUCAGUGAGUGGGGUCUGCACUUCCACGCCUCCACUUACACCCAUAAAAAACUUCCCUUCCCUUUUUCCGUGUGCAGCUCUGUGUGAUCGGGGCUCUCGGCCACUCCCACCCCUGCCCAUCUCUGAAGACCUCUCUCUGGACGAGGUGGACUCUGAGGUAGAAUUCCUAACCAGCUCAGACACAGACUUCCUUUUAGAAGACUGUGUGCUUUCUGGUUUCAAAUACGAUGUUCCUGGCAGGCGAAGCUUCCGUGGGUGCGGACAGAUCAACUAUGCAUAUUUUGACACCCCGACUGUUUCUGUAGCAGAUCUCAGCUGCUCGUCUGACCAGAAUGGAGGCGUCCCAGAUCCAAAUCCUCCCCCACCUCAAAGCCACCGCAGAUUAAGGAGGUCACACUCGGGACCAGCCGGGUCCUUCAACAAGCCAGCCAUCCGGGUCUCCAGCUACACACACACAGCCUCUCCCAGCUCAGAUGGAGACAAGCCUGAGGUGCCUCCCAGAAUUCCCAUACCUCCUAGGCCAGCUAAGCCAGACUACAGAAGGUGGUCAGCAGAAGUGACCUCCAGCACAUACAGUGAUGAAGACAGGCCUCCCAAAGUCCCCCCAAGAGAACCGUUGUCACGGAGUAACUCCCGCACCCCAAGUCCUAAAAGCCUUCCAUCUUACCUCAAUGGGGUUAUGCCCCCAACACAGAGCUUUGCCCCUGACCCCAAGUAUGUCAGCAGCAAAGCCCUGCAAAGACAGAACAGUGAAGGAUCUGCCAGCAAAGUCCCUUGCAUCCUGCCCAUCAUUGAAAAUGGGAAGAAGGUCAGUUCAACACAUUAUUACCUACUACCUGAGAGACCGCCCUACCUAGACAGAUACGAGAAGUUCUUUAGGGAAGCAGAAGAAACUCGCCCGAGCACCCAGAUUCCACCAUUACCUGCUGCCUGUGGUAUGGUGUCCGCCACAGAAAAGCUGGACUCCAGGAUGAAAAUUGAUCUGGGUGGCCACGGGAAACGCAAACACUUAUCCUAUGUGGUUUCUCCUUAGGUGUGAGGGUCGAGGUUCAGACGUUCCAUGGGAACGGAUGGCUCUCCAUUUCCUGUCUGGUGGAGGGCCACAGAACAAUAUGUCAGAUUGCGGAAAGUGGUCAGUGAACUCUGUCUUAAUGAGAAGGGGUAGAGCAGUCAUGAGGUGCUGUUAGGCUGAGAAUCCCUCAUUUCCUGAUUGUGUUACCAUGGAAGAAAACGACUACAAUUUAAAGAUGUGAUAGUGGGGUGGGAAGGAUGGGAAAACUUUUACAUAUGACCACACUAUAUGCCUAUGUAUAAACUUGUGGUGUAACCAUAGACCGUAGCUGCAGGAUAACCAAUUAGGUACUGUCUUAGAGUCAUACAUAUUCAGAGUAAUGGAAGCUCAGGAUGGAGCCAGGAAUGGGAGAGAACAGUGUUGUUUAGAUCAAAAUCAUGAAAAAACAUUUUUGUUUAGUGAGUUUAAAUAUUUCUGGCACUUAGGCGCGCUGUGUAGUGUAUUUCGUGUAUUUUUGCAAGCAGUCUUCUCCAUACAGAGCAAAGAGGGCGUUCUCACCAGGCCUGUGCCACCCUGUUGAAGUUGGCCCAAGGCCUGAAGCUCCCAGCUUUGGGGUCCUUGUCUUGUGCAGGGAAGGCGGCAGUUUCUGGACCAUGUUACCACUUAUGCAUGUCUCAUAGCUUAAAAAUUGACACUAAAAGUCGGUGAAGAAUUUUUCCAUACAAUUCCUGCUUUUUCCCAUCUGCUACAAUAGCCCCUCUACCGAGGCUUUCAGGACGGUAGUAGGGUCUGAUGGAGUCACGCUAGCCGUCAGUGUGGGAUGUGAGUGUUCUAGACUGGUGAAGCCAUUAGCUAUGUGAUUGAGAGUUGCUGUGCGGGGAUGUGUGGUAUGGUUUUUGUUUUGUUCAGUUUAGUUUUGUUUUUAGACUAUUAAUAAACAAAUACAACACAAGCUGGCCUUGUGUUGCUGGUUCCUAUUCAGUAUUUCCUGGGGAUUGUUUGCUUUUUAAGUGAAACACUUCUGACCAAUAGCACAGAUGUCUUAAUGCCGGAGGUCACGCCAGCAUCUUCCUGUUUGAAAACUCUCCCGGCUGGCUGCUCCACUGCCUGGGAUUCAGGGAGAGGCAUAGCUUGUGUUUGUUUUUUACAUCCUCUGAUGCAUUAAUCUAGUAUUGAUUAGCGCAAGAGAGAAGGUGCUCACUAACAGAGGGACAUUACUGCGAUGUUCUGUAACAGUUAAGCUGUUCAGUUUAAACUGCUGAAUGACAUUAUUUGAGCUAUUUAAAGCUUACUAUAUUUUAGUAUGAACUAAAUGAAGGUUAAAACAUGCUUUAGAAAAUGCACUGAUUUCUGCAUUAUGUGUACAGUAUUGGACAAAGGAUUUAUUCAUUUUGUUGCAUUAUUUUGAAUAUUGUCUUUUCAUUUUAAUAAAGUUAUAUUACUUAUUUAUGA